UUGAAAUACAUAAUAUAGCUUUAUCAUUUCCCAGUAGACGAUAUUGUCAUCUACUACAGUACUAUAUACUAUAUUGCAUAUUGAUCAGUUAUUGAUUGCAUAGUAAUAGAAUGGCAUCACGUGGGUAUUUCUUUGUUGUUCUCCAUGCCUUAGUGUUUGCAUCUAUUGCAACCUCAGCUUUCUCACAAUUGUCACCUAAUUACUAUGAUUAUUCGUGCCCUAAAGCUUUGAGCACCAUCAAAAGUGUUGUGGAGGCUUCUGUGCAGAAAGAGCGUCGUAUGGGUGCUUCAUUGCUACGCUUGCACUUCCAUGAUUGUUUUGUUAAUGGUUGUGAUGGUUCAAUUCUUCUAGACUCCACAUCCUCCAUUGACAGCGAAAAGAAUGCAGCUGCUAAUUUGCAAUCUGCUAGAGGAUUUGAAGUGGUGGAUGACAUAAAGAAAGCUGUGGACGAAGCAUGUGGAAAACCAGUUGUUUCUUGCGCAGACAUAUUGGCUGUUGCAGCUCGUGAUUCAGUUGUUGCUUUAGGGGGACCAUCAUGGAAGGUGAGACUUGGCAGAAGAGACUCUACUACAGCAAGUCGUGAAGCAGCAGAUGCAAGCAUUCCAGCACCAUUUUUCAGCCUAUCUGAACUCAUCACCAACUUCAAGAAUCAUGGUCUUGAUGAGAAGGACCUUGUUGUUCUUUCUGGAGGCCACAGCAUUGGAUUUGCACGUUGUGUUACAUUUAAGGACCAUAUCUACAAUGACUCCAACAUCGAUCCCCACUUUGCACAACAACUUAAAUACAUUUGCCCUACAAACGGUGGUGACUCCAACCUUUCUCCUUUGGACUCAACAGCGGCAAAAUUUGACAUAAAUUAUUACUCUAAUUUGGUUCAAAAGAAAGGGCUUCUUCACUCUGAUCAAGAACUCUUCAAUGGUGGUUCUACUGAUGAACUGGUCAAAGAGUACAGCGAUGAUACCGAAGAUUUCUACGAGGACUUUGCGAACUCGAUGAUUAAGAUGGGAAAUAUUCAGUCCCUCACUGGGAAUCAAGGUGAAAUUCGGGUUAACUGCAGGAAUGUGAACUAAUUCAUUGCAUAAAUUAUGCAACAAGUAUGCAUUAUACAUACAGAAUAAUUCUUGAGUGGUGCACAAUUAAGAAUUUAUUAUUUAUACAUGUAAUGGUAUGAAUUCUUUGCCAUAAAUUUUUUUGUUUUCAAAUUCCUUUUGUAUUGAUUCUAAAAAGGUACAAUUUAUUGGACCAUGAGUUUUUUUAUAAUGUAUAAAACACUCAUUUUGUUA